UUAUAACAGCAAAAGAUAAAGAAGAAUCAGCAGUCGAGAAGAAGACGAUUUGAGCUGCACACUUAGAACAGCAGACAGAGAAACACACACAGACCUUAAAUCUCACUCGGAGCUUCACACAAGGGCUACAGCAUCUAAUAUCAAGAAUGGCAAAGAUUGUAGAUGCAGUCAUAGGAUUAUUUAUAACCAAACCUGAAUUUGUCACAGUUCUGGCUGAUAAACAAGUUGUACAUGGACAGGAUUUUAUUCUUACCUGUCAGGCAAACACAGCAUAUGUAACAGUCUCAUGGGAAAAGAAUGGCCAAAAAUUGCGUUGUGUUGAGGGCAAGCACAAAAUGGGCAUAGAGGGUACAAAAUUUCACUUGGAAAUUUCAAAGGCUGUGGACAGUGAUGAAGGAAACUACACCGUAACCCUGAGCAACAGUUCAGGUUCCACCUCAUGCUCUGCACUUGUGAGAAUCAUUAUAAAAGAAUGGAGGAAAGUAGAAUGGAAACAAGAGAGAAUGUUAAACUCUCUCAAGACAUUUCAAAUUUGUAAUGAAGUCAAAGAGCUCCGAUUCCUCCUCUGUGGACCAGUUGGAACAGGAAAGUCCAGCACCAUAAACACCAUCAGAUCCAUUUUUGAAGGCCGUCAGUUUAUUAACUGUCUGGCUGCUGCAGGAUCAAAAAAGACUCAUACUCUAUGCUAUGAACAAUUUGAAUUUGCAAAUGAAGAAGGAUCAUUUCCUUUUGUCUUCAAUGAUAUAAUGGGUGCGGAAACAUACUCUGGAGUCCUCAGUGAAGAUAUCAUCAGUGCUUUAAAAGGUCACAUGAAAGAGGGUUACCCGUUCAACUCUGAAACUCCACUGUUUGAAAGCAGCCCUUACUACAAUAAAAACCCCACCCUGAGUGAUCAGAUGCACUGCCUGGUGUUCGUCAUGCCAGCUGACAAAAUUUCAACCCAAGACGAAAAGUUUAACCAAAAAAUGAAGAGUGUUAUAAAAGCAGCAAGCAGCAUGGCAAUGCCUCAAGUAAUUUUCAUGACAAGAGUAGACCUCGCAUGUCCAUUAACCCAGGAGAACCUGCAAAACGUCUACAAAAGCAAGAAGAUCAAAGACAAUAUGCAGAAAUGCAGUUAUGAACUGGGUGUGCCUGUGAACCGUAUCUUUCCUGUCUUGAACUAUCAUGAUCAGAUCCACAUGAAUGAAGAUAUAAACUGCUUGAUGCUCGAUGCCUUAACACAGAUUGUCUACUUUGCUCAUGACUAUGUGCUCAAAAAGAGUUCACAUCAACAAUCAACCUGUAAAUAA